UUAUUUGGUCAAAUAAAAACAGUUUAGUUGAUAGUUUUUAAAUGCAGAUUUUGGGUUUUCCCUCCUCACAAACUACCUUUAGGUCCCACCCCUUUACUCUUGAGGCCCGCAGCCCUUCUAUGAAUGCCCGCCCACUUUUUUUAGACCCCACCCCUUAGUGAAAAUGUUUGGGACAUCGUCACGCGCACACUCGUCGCCUGGUGGCGCUGCUUUUGCUCUUCUGCCAGAUGCGUCCGUUCGAGCAUAUAGCCUGACAAGUCUGCAGCUGCGCCGAGAGCGAACGAAAGCCAGCGUCUCUUUCACAGCGCUCUUCGCCUCUUUGUAAGUGUUCUUCAAAUUUUUAAACAUUUUCGCCUUUCGCUACGUCUGAGAAGAGGAAAUGUGCCGCACGUGCAUAAAAUUACUUUAGCAUUUUCAAAUGUAAGCGUUUGUUUAUGCUUAAUACAUUUCUCUUAAAGUUAUGGUAACUUAGGGUUAUUUUCAUUUAUUUUCGUGGUCAAUUUUGGUAUUUUUAUAUGGUAUGUAAUGGGUUUCCAGGAACGGAAUCCCAAUGUAUAACAUUGCGCCUAUGGGAAUUGAGGGUUCGACUUACGACGCCUCGACUUACGACCGUCGUCCAGGAACCAAUUAGGUCGUAAAUGCGGAGAGUCGCCUGUAAGAACAUUUUUAUAAAAAGGCAAGUAGAGCAGAGGUGGAUCGCACUGAAAGUCAACCACAACCUCGUCUGCAACGUUUUAUAUCCAGCAAUUUUAAAGUUGCAGGCACUGCCACCGCGUCCAAGACGUAUGGCCAGUUUAGAAUAUUAGGCCAAAAUAGCGCAAAAUAAUGACCAUGGCACGAAUUGUUUGUGCAUUGUUGUGGAUCAUUAUGGAUACAAAAUAGAACACUUCUGAGCUUCGCCAUAUAAAAUGUAUAUUUUACUCCACCGGCCUAUUGGCAUUCCAGUUUCAACGUUCUACAUCUCAUCGGCAGCCAGGCGUGUUAAACAAAUGUUGUUAGGUUUGUCAGCAGUUAUUGGCAAGAGCACUCCAUCUACGCUACGCGCCCCUGGUCAAGGCUAACCGCAAUAUAGGAUACAAACUAUGCGUUGUUGUGGAGUAUUUGGAUACAAUACGUCAGCAGAAACUGCUUCUGUGUUUCUCUUACGGUUUGUCUCAUCAUUUACAUAUUCGAUUGAAAUACAUACUUCCACAAGUUUAGUCUAACCCCCCCGCCAUCGUGGCUGAAUAUCAGAAUGGACUACGUCAUCCAUACAUGAGGUAAGCGCAGUGGACUGUUUUAUCGUCUCCACCGGCCUGUGGUAGGGGGGGGGGGUAACGUAAUGGAUUGCGCCAUCAUCGACUGUGGGGUGUCGUAUGAGAGUAUACGCCACAGCACCCGCCCCCACAUCAGGGGACGCAGUUGGACUGCGCCAUCUCCCGCCUUUCUCUCCCGCCUUUCUCUCCCGCGCUUGGCUUUGGAGGAAACCCGGAGCUUGACCGCUUUCUCUUCGCCGGCUGAGUUUCUUCGACAUCCACUCAUGGCCUUCGAAGGCCAGGGGGCACAGCCGUCAACCCCCGAUGAUCUCUUCAAGGACGUCAAAUUCUAUGUGGUGGGCGACGUCGACAAGAAGGUGGUGGAGCUUCUAAAGAACAACAAGGGGAAGGAGGCGUCCUGUUUCUCGCUAGCAUCGCACGUCAUAUCGGAGGAUGGCGAGCAUGCGGAAGUGAGCGAGGCCCGUGAGGUGUUUGAUCUACCCGUGGUGAAGCCAUCAUGGGUGAUGCUGUCUCUGAGAUGUGGAGUCCUGCUGCCUGUAACGGGAUUCUCUCCAGACACGGGUCAACCAUUCUUGGGAGUCACAGCAUGUUUAUCACAGAUCCCACAGGAGGACCGAGCUCCGCUUUGGGCACUGCUCACCUUCUAUGGUGGAGCCUGCCAGCUGUUGCUCGACAAGCGCUGCACCCACCUGGUUAUCCCCGAGCCCAAGGGGGAGAAGUACACAUGUGCACUGAAGCACAGCCGCAUCCGCGUCGUGACUCCAGACUGGGUGGUGGACUGCGUAUCGAGCAAGAGCAGGAAGGAGGAGACCGAGUACCACCCUCGCCUGGUGCUCCUCCCGAGGGAGGAGGAGCUCCCGCUGGAGCAGCCGGAGACUGCGAAUGACAGCGACCAUGAAGGUGACGAUCCCAACGUCGAUGAUGAAGAGAAAGAUGAUGAGCACGAAGAGGAAGAAGAAGAAGAAAAGGGGCGCAGCGUUAACUUUGAAGAUUCUGGUUCCGCACAGUCAAAGGACGAUUCCCCAAUGAGCACCACUGACUCGCCAUCCAGGAAGUUUGUGGAGGAAAGGCGGACUGAACAACAGGCAGUCGGGGAUUUGCAUCGUGUCCAUAUACCUCAGAGGCCGACAAACGAGAGGCCUGUUGUUCGGGCUUUAUCAUCAAAGUGCACACCAAUGAUUGAGAGGCCGCCAUUUAUGCCACCGGCAAUGUUAAAGUCUUCACCUGUGCUGUCUGGCCCCUCCAAGAGUCUGAUGAUUCCUCAACCCCCACCAGGCAUUUGCAUCCCCCUUCCGGGUCCGAGGGCUGCCCCCAGUUUAGGCACCUUGCACACCAUUCGGCCGAGUAUGGAUGCUCGCAUGCGCCAGAGCCUCAGUGCACUUCCGUCUCCGUCCAAUGGGCGGCUCCAGCUGGAUGUUAUGACCCUGCCAUCUGGAGAAGUGUGGGUCCAGACUGUUCAAGGCAGACCUGCCCGCCCUCUUGCAGCAAACUCUGCCAUGCCCACAUCCCAGGAUGGCCGGCUGCAGCAAGGAUUUGCCAUGUCCAGACAGAUGCAUGUCUCUGAGCUCACGGCUCAGGGACUCGGAGGCAUGGUCACCCGGCCAUUAGGGUUCCAGGGGGCGGUUGGGGGUUCAGGGCCCCGGCCAGAACAUACACCAAUGAGCAUGGGGGGGAACAGGCCGGGACCUGGGCUGGAGUUCACGGGGAUAAGUCCGAUGGUGAGGACCCUAAGAAACAUCACCAACAGCGCCGAGGCACUGCAGGUCUCCAGGGCAUCCAAUGUGGCUCACCGACAGGUGCUGCAGAGCAUGUCAGUUCCCACACGCACACUGGAGACUCACCGGCCAGGAGAACCCAGGCCUCCACAUGAGGGGGCCUACAUUCAGGUCAAGCCAGCAACGAGUCAACCCAGCAGUGCUGUGGAGUACUGCACAGAGGCGCCAAGCGACUGCUGCCUGCUCGGUUGUGUGUUCGCCAUCGCCGAGUACCAGGAGCAGAUGCUGGACAAGCAACUGCUCAACUCGUGGAAAAAGGCAAUCAUUCAGAAUGGAGGGCUGGUGGAAGCUGCUCACUCACCUCGCUGCACACACCUGCUAUGUGAAAGUCAGACUGGGCCGGUGUUUGCACAGGCACUAAAGGAGGGCAAGCGCUGUGUGACCGCGCACUGGCUCAAUGACACGCUCAAGAGCAGACGGGUGAUCCCUCCCAAUCGCGCCCUGCACCUCCCCAUGGCCUUGCAACAUUCUGCCAAGCCCUGCGCGAGCCAUAUCAUCUCGGUAACUGGGUUUGUGGACCAAGACAGGGAGGAGCUGAAGCUGAUGAUUGCACUAACAGGAGGCAGAUACACUGGCUAUCUCAGCCGGAGCAACACGCUGCUUGUUUGCAAAGACCCGAGCGGCAUGAAGUUUGAGAAGGCACGCGAGUGGCGUGUGCCAUGCGUGAACAUCACUUGGCUCUGUGACGUGCUCGCGGGAAACCUAGAAGCCCUGAGGCAGCCUCAGCAUGUGCGCUACACCACCUUCAGCCUCGCAGACCCCUUCGCUCCAGAUCGCCAGCUGGUGGCCAAUCUGCUUGUUUCUUGGAAGGUUCCAAUAAGAAUCUCAAAAGAAGCGCUGCUGGCAUCCAGAAAUAUUCCCAAAAGAAAACUCUCGGAUGGUAUUCAGUCAUCUGUAAAGAAACCCAGGCUGGAGGAGGGUUCGCUUUCCCAACGCCGUGGUCCGGGCGAUGCCACUCACCGGGUGAUCUUCACUGGCUUUGAGCUCUUCCAAGUGCACGAGUACAUGAAGAAACUUUAUUUCCUUGGUGGAGAGGUCGCCGAAAGCGUGCACAAGUGCACCCACCUGGUCGCCAACAAGGUGACUCGUACCGUCAAGUUUUUAACGGCCAUCUCCGUCGUCAAGAACAUCGUGAUGCCCAACUGGCUUGAAGACAGCGCUAAGCAGCAGCGGUUCCUAGAUGAAGGAGCCUACCUGCUACGGGAUGCAGAGGCUGAAGUUCUCUUCAGCUUUAGCCUGGAGGAGUCUAUGAACCGUGCGCGUGUGAAGCCCCUUUUCCAGGGUCUCUUCUUCUACCUGACGCCCGGAAUGUGCCCAAGCCUGGCCACCAUGCGCUCCAUCAUUGAGUGUGCGGGGGGGCGAGUGCUAACGAAGCAGCCAGGCUUGCAGCGCCUCGCUGAGCACCGCAAUAACAAGAACUUGCCAGAUAUCAUCAUCAUAUCCUGUGAAAAUGACCUACACCUGUGUCGUGAAUAUUUGGUCCGUGGCAUUGAAGUGCACAAUGCGGAAUUUGUCCUGACCGGGGCAUUGACACAGACCCUCGACUAUGAGUCGUAUAGAUUCACCUAGGCCGUGGGAUAACGAGCUCAACAGGCGGUGUCUUCCAUCUCCCUUGCGUCUGGUGGCCCAUUGGCUGGGGGCGGCUCAGGAGGUCGUGCGGUGCCGCUUCCCUGCCAUCUUUUGCAUUGUAGCACUCUCCUAGGCCUCAUCCUACUACCCCUUUGAGACAAUCACCUGCUCCUUAAUUUUUCUAAACUUGUAAAACACACUUAUUAGGUCAAUUUGUGCAGCUGUGUGCAAUUGCUUGCUCACUCCACUGCUGGCGGAAGGACUUCCCACUAGAGUGUACAGUCUCGCUGUAUAUUGCAUACUGUCCCAUGCUGACAAGAUAUCUUGAAAGGGGUGGGACUACUUUACCUGACCACACGUAGCCUGCCGAUUGACUAACUGUGGUGUAUCCAUUUACACUGCUGGGCGUACAAAGGCGGGGGGGGGGAUUUAAAACAAUAUUAAAUAAAACUUGUAUUUACCAGGUAAAGCCCACUGAGAAAUUAGCUCUUUUUCAGAAGUGACCUGGCCACAAAUCAUAGCUCAACUAAGUGGCUUAUAUUUUGAUUUAAAGCUUUCGUGACUGCAG